AUGAACAACAACAUCAACGAGUGGGCGCCACUGCUCGACCAAAGAAGGUUCGAUAGCUUCGUCUCAAUCCGGACAUACCGCGUGGAACUGUUGAAGUAUUGGUCUAAACUGAUCGCAUACAGACUUAAAACCCAGAAUACAGAGGGAUAUUACGAUAUUUUGGCAAGCCUGACCGAGCUGGCCACCUACAUAGGCUUUGCAGGUAGCGCACAGCAUGGGGAUGGAUUCGGCUUUUUGACGGAGUUCACCAUGGAACAAAACAGCCGUGAAAGGUUUCUCGACAUGGUUCGUUUUCUCACAUCUUACCCCGACAUGGUGCAGUUGUCGGAUGUACUCAAGAUGUACGCUGUGCAGCUUGGGCGGCUCAGGUUUCUUGGUGGCGGCUUAACAUUGGAUAGUUACGCAGAAGGACUGGAUGGAAUAGCAGAUGUGUUAUGUCCGAUGUGGCGGCAAGAUCCAGAGCACUGGCAUUGUGCGGUCUGGACUGAGCUUUAA